AUGUCACUUCCUAAGACUACAGACGCGUGGGUCACGAAAGGCACAACUGGACUUGACAACCUGGUGUUUGAGAGUGGUCGCCCUCUUCCAGCCGUCGAAGAUCAUGAUGUGAUGGUUAAAUUCCAUGGUGCAUCUCUAAAUUACCGAGACAUCUCUAUCCUCACGGGCUCGUAUCCUUUCCCUAGAAAGGACGAUGUUGUUGCUUUAUCUGACGGUGCGGGCGAGGUGGUCGCAGUCGGAUCGAAAGUUACCCUAUUCAAAGAGGGCGACAAGGUUGUGACUCUGUUCAACCAAGGCCACCAAAGCGGCUCUAUCAGUUAUGCAUCCGUUGCUACAGGAUUAGGCGGCGCUACUGACGGCGCUUUAAGAGGCCAUGGCGUGUUUCCUGAACAUGGCUUGGUUAAUAUGCCUUCCAAUCUAAACUACCUCGAAGGGGCCACUCUCGUUGUAGCAGGUCUGACGGCCUGGAACGCUCUUUAUGGCCUCACUACUAUUAAAGCGGGUGAUUACGUCCUGACACAGGGCACUGGUGGAGUAUCUCUCUUUGCUGUUCAGUUCGCAAAGGCAGCAGGAGCGAAGGUUAUCUCCACGACGUCGUCAGCCGCCAAGAUGGAAAUCUUGAAGAAGCUGGGAGCGGAUCAUGUGAUUAACUAUAAGGAGACGCCAAACUGGGGCGAGAAGGCGAAGGAGCUGACUCCAGGGGGCGUGGGUGUGAAGCACGUGAUUGAGGUUGGUGGACCUGGUACUAUGGCACAGAGUCUCAAGGCUGUGCAGUUUGAUGGCAUCAUUUCUCUUAUUGGAUUUGUGGCGGCUGCUACUAAGGAGCAGCCUCAAUUCCUGGACGCUCUAAUCAAUGUUUGUACUGUCCGGGGUCUGCUUGUGGGCAGCAAGGACAUGUUUGAGGACAUGAACCGGGCUAUCGUUGCAAACAAUAUCAAGCCAGUUAUAGAUUCCAAGGUAUUCUCGUUUAAGGAGGCCAGAGAGGCUAUUCAAUACAUGGCUGACGGGAAGCAUGUCGGAAAGGUCUGUAUCAAGAUCGAAUAA